AUGGGCCGCGCAUGCUCGCUGACCGAGUGGGCUCACUUUGUCAAGGCGAGCCACAAGGCCAACCUCUCGUACUGGUGGGUCUACUGCCGCCACUGCGUCAUCGCUGCCAUCGCCGCGUCUUCGCCGGGCCGAGACAUUGCCAGCAUCAACACGCCGGACGCGCUGCAGGCGUUCAUUGCAACGCUGCCGAUGCCAACCGCCGCAUCGACCGAGGCCACGGAGCCGCGCCCGCUCGUGGGCCGGCGGUCGGUCAUGAAGGCCCACCUCGCGCAGUGCCUUCAUGCGUCGGCGAUCCCGCCCAACCCGAUCGUCAAGCGGCGCGCGGGCAAGCGAGGCGUGCACUGCGCGAUCGCCGAGUGGGCCCACUUUGAUCGGCUCGAACAAAACGGGUACAUUGGCAACAGCAACUACUUCCCGGUGCGCUGCAAGCACUGUGUGGCGGCGCACAGCAGCGGUCGCCGGCCGGCGCCGCCCGAGGUCUUUGCCGGCCGCAAAGAAAGCAUGCGCAGCCACUUGGCGCGCUGCUCCUUCUUCACGGGCAAGCUCCCGGCCAAGCGCACGAAGGACGCGUCCAAGCUCGCGCUCAACGAGCGGCAGUUCUUCGUCCAGCUCGAGCGCCAGCCCAACACGUAUUACCACUAUGCGAAAUGCAAGUUUUGCACCGACGCGUACGAAGCCGGGCGCGAAGCCGGGCGCGACGUCCCGCCGCCCAAGGUCAUUCUCGGACGGAAACACAACAUGCAGACGCACCUCGCCAACUGCGAGCACAUUCUCAACCACGAAGCGGUGCUGGACGAUAUCGUCAUGUCCAGUGACGAGAAUGACGAGAAUGACAAUGACGAGGACGAGCAUGACCACGACAGCAUGGACCGUCCGCUGCCGUUGGCGGGUGCCGAGACGCCGCGGCUGCACGCGCUCGCCACAUCCGCGACCGCGUCCCCACUGGCGCGCUUUUUGCAUCUCCCGAUCGACAAGUCGGCCUCGUCGCCACUCACGUCCCAUGCGAGUCUCUCGCGCGUGAGCUCGAUCGAGAGCAACGGGCUUCGGCCAGCAACAACAACAACAACAACAACAACAACAACAAACGAGCUCGACACGAUUCAUGCUGUAUUUGCGUUCACGCUCGAGCACAACUUGCCGUUCGCGUGGGUCGAGUCGCCAGCGAUGCGAGCGCUCUGCCCCCACCUCCCGACGACGGCCGAGCUCACGGGCCCGCUCCUUCGGCGGCUGCUGCAGUCGUGCGAGGAGGCACUGCGCACGCGGUGGCGCGAGAUGCACCCUGGUGGUGGCUGGACACUCGUCGUUCAUUUGCUCGACGAAACCGAGUCGAAUGUGACCUGCGUCGCGUAUGUCGUGCACCCCAACGGCCUCCUCUUCCCGUCCAUGCUCGAGGCCUCCUUGACGUUUACAUGUCCGCUGCCACUGCUCCCCGCGACCAUCCAGCGGCAUGUAGCGCAGUGCGCGCGGCAGCAACUCCACGUCGUCGCGGUUGCACUCCCGCCGGCCGCGGCCUACUUUGGCCACCUCCCCGCGCAGCUUCCGCACUCCUCUUUCUAUGUUCGCCACGAAGCGUAUUUUACCGCGUUCUGCACGGCUUGCUCGCCGACGACGCGCCUCGUGCGGCCGCUGCCCCGUAACCUCCCGGAUAUCCCGUCCUGGCUCCACGAGACUCUCAGCAGCCACUUUGUCGAUAUGGACACGCGGGUAGUCCUCGAAGCGACAUCGCCGCUCUUCUCGCACCUCGGUCGUCUUCCACGCGCGCUCUCGCUGGCGUCGACGCUGCACCUCGUCGGCCAGCUCUACAGCGCGGUGCGUCGACUGCCCCAUGCGCUGGAUCGACUCCAGCAAGCGCUGCUCGAGCACCUCGAGCUCGCGUGGAGCGCGUGCGAGCAGCCCGCGUACGUCCUUGCCUAUGCACUGCACCCGCACUACCGCGAUACCGCGCUGCGGAAAGCGCGCAGUGCGUUCAAAUGGAGCGCGCUCUGCGACGUCGCGUGCUACUACUACGAGCGCUGGUUCCAAACCCGUCCGACGACGCUCCGCGGCGACGUCAUGGCGUUUGCGCACGUGACGCAGCAUAUUUACGCGCCGAGCGUCGUCUCCGAGUUUCCGAGCGCAAGCGACUACGUGCUGUACCUCGGCGACCACGCGCCGGAGCUUGCGGCGUUGAUGGAUCGGCUCAAUGCGACGACGACGAGCUUUGAGUUUGAACCGACUGAGCGGGCUUAUGACAGCGUCCUGGUGCGCCAAAGCGUGCAGUACAUUGCCUACUGCCAACCAUCGGUACGUCCGAUGCCCUCGGCGUCGGAGGACCUCGCGCCAGACGCGCGGCUCGUCCAGUGGCGAUCGCGCGCAGCAGCGCAGGGCGGCGCGGGGGCCUUCUCGACCGACGACGCCCAGCGCACCACCAAGAUCACACUCCACGAGCUCUUCGAGGGAUAA